AGUCUCCUGGAAAGGGCACCUCUGCUUAUGCUCAGUACAGGGAGAACAUUAGCAGGGAGGCAAAGUCUGCUCCCCAUGACAUCUGCUGUCCCUUCUUGGACAUUCUAUUGUCUCCUAGAGAGUUCUGGCAUCCUCUGUGAUGUCACCAGUGUUGUAGUGACAACCAGUGCCCUAGUUUCUCUCAUACUGAGUCUGGCGGUUACAAGCUAAGUCAUGUUUUCCCGUCUUCGCAAGCGUUUUGGGAGGGGGAACGUCGAUUGUGGACAGACUAGAGUGAAGGAAUCUGGCCUUUCGUCUCAAAGUAAUGAUGGACAAAGACAGCACUUCUGGGGAAUGUUUAAUGCUGGGAGAGAAACAUCUUCCCCUGAAACUGCCCCAAGUGAGAAUCAGGCCAAGAAGGAAAAAGAGAGGCUGAUUAAAGAGCUGCAGCUCAUUACGGAGGAGAGAAAUGACCUGAGAGAUCGCCUGAGGUUUCUGACAGAGAGAUCCAUGAAGAACAGGCCACACUUCAGGCCAAAUCCAUAUUAUGAAGACCUGGAGAGAAUGGAGGAGGCGGUCAUGUCAAUUCUGCACAACUUAGAGAUGGAGAACACUGAGAUCCAUGAGAACAACCAUAAGCUGAAGAAGGAGAUUACCUUCUCUAGAAACCUGCUCAGCCAGCUCCUGAUGGAGAACACAUGCAGGAAGAAGUUGGUCCCACGGAAGCAGGGGAGCAAGGAGGGACAUCUUGAGUGUGCACUGAACCAGAAAUAUUUGGUUGACUUCAACAAGAAAGAUAAAGACCAGCAACGUCCAGACCCAGCACCAUCUGGUCUCAGAAAGUGCAAGAGAGCUGGAAUUGGACACACAGCAGUAAGAGAGCUUCCUGAAGAAUAAGUUGCUUUCUCAGGAGUCCCUGAUGACAAACAUCCUGAACGAAAACACCACUUGAGAGACAACUUGGGGGACCACCUUUCAUUAUGUGUGCUAGAGGAGAAACAGCAAUACAUCUGUGCUUCUAAAUGUUCGUUAAGAAUAUGCUGUUUAGAAAUAUUUUUGUUAUGAUUUUAAUUGAAGUUUUCUUUUUGUUGUUUCAUAUUAAUAUGUUCUUGUUACUGUUUUUCACUUUCCAAUAUUUUUAAAUAUUUUUAUUCAUUCAUUUUAAUCCUGUUUUGUUGUAAAAAUGUAUUCAUUAUGAAUAAAUAUUGAUUUCUAUCUCUUGA